AUGGGUGUCCCAUUUUUGGACAUUGGAAUCACCAAAUUGAAAAAAGGUGCGAUCUUUACAAUCAGAGGGUGUUUUAGAUCUGCCUGCAAUCACCCAUUGCUUGUGUGCAAUCUGUGUUUCUUGAUUUUUCUGCACAGAGUAUUCCCUUUUGUUUUCUCUCUUCUGGUCACUGCUUCCCCUGUACUGAUAUGCACCGCAAUCUUGCUUGGGGCCUUCUUGAGUUUCGGCCAGCCGAACCUACCCGAUUUCGAAAAGCACGAAAAAACGGUGCCUGUCGAAAACGAGGUUUCUAGAGAUGUCGUUUUGGUCGAGCAAAACGAGACCGGUUAUUGUGCCGACAAAAGGGAUGAUGGGAUAGAUCGAAUGUCGACCAUUGAAAUCAGCCGAGAGUGUAAUGGCUCGAAUGUUGAGGAGAAAAUCGAGUCGUGUAACGACGAAAUUUGGGAGGACACGUUGGACGAGGCAAAAGGCGACGAAUGUGACGAAGAGAGGCUCGGUGAAGAGGGUAAACUCGUCGAGGAGAAUCGCUACUUAUCCACGCCGAAAGAUAACGGAAGAAAUGGAAAAUCAGAUGACGAGGGCUCGUUCGAUUCAGAAGCCGCUGACUUGGGCUCGCCAAACUCUCCCCAUUCGUCUUGGAAGCGUGUUGGAAAUGAUGUGGACGAUGAUGGCGUGGACGAUGAUGAUGUGGACGGUGAUGGCAUGGACGAUGAUGAUGUGGACGAUGAUGGCGUGGACGAUGAUGAUGUGGACGAUGAUGGCGUGGACGAUGAUGAUGUGGACUCCGGGUCGGGCGGGUCCGUAACCUCGUCACCCGACCCAUCCGUGGCAUCCGACAUGAUGCCGAUGCUUGACGAGCUCCAUCCUCUUCUCGACGAGGACUCGUCGAACCAAAUCCUCGUCUCGCAAAACGUGUCGAGCCUCGCCUCCGAGCAGUCCUCGUCCUCCUCCCGGUCGAGCAUGAGCAGCAUUGACUCAAUCGACAAAAUCGAGGAGUUCGAGGAAGAUAAAGACGAGGAGCAGUCGAAAUCGGCCAUCACGUGGACCGAAGAAGACCAGAAGAAUCUCAUGGAUUUGGGGAGCUCGGAAAUCGAGAGGAACCAACGGCUUGAGAAUCUCAUCUUGAGGCGCCGGAGGAAGAACGUAAGCAUGGUGCCAGAGAUCAACCUUAUCGACCUCGAGGGCAGCGGCUCGGAUUUCCCUCCGCCGCCGCCAGUCUCCACCGCUCGGAAAAACCCGUUUGACCUCCCAAAUGACGAAAAUGCCCCCGGCUCGGCUCCCUCGGUACUCGUGCAGAGGCGUAACCCUUUCGAGUUCGUCUUCCCGUACGAGACUGGCCUCGAAAGGGGGGUGGGGUCCUACUUUGUCGUCCCGGAGACAGGUUUCGCGCCCUUCGGCCGGCAGUCGAGCCGCGACUCGAAGACGAGCUCGGCUCCCGACACAGAGUCAGUCAAAUCAGUCAAAUCGUCCGGGUCGCUCGAGGACCAGCUGAAGCUUCCGGAAGAAUCGUCCGAGGAAGAAGAUUCGAUUGACGAGCCACCUCGACUGAUCUCGGACAUGAAUCACGUGUCGGAGCAUAUAGGGCACGGGAGCCAGUCCUCGGAUGACGAGGAUGAAGGUCUCUCGGAUUCGGAUCGGGAAAAAAAACUAGUGGCGGAUGAGUCGAAUGGUUCUUGUUCGGAAUCAGAAAACGAAGGGCCUACUCGGGUUUCGCCGGAGAGUGGUGAAACGAGCAUCAUGGGAGUAUUAGCCGACGAGAAUCCGCACAGAGAGCCCGUUUACGAUUCAAGCCCGCAUUCGAUUAGGAAAAAUAUGUCGUCGUGUUCUGUUUCUUCUGACGUGAAUGCCGAGCCCGGUGGCGCCAGCCUGGCACCUGUGGUGGUCAAGCGCACGGUAUCUUUUUUGGAGGAGGAGAAUCGUGCUGACGAGCGUGGAGAUGGAGCUUCAAAAAUGGAAAUUCAUAUGAGUAAUAGUAAUAAUAAUAGUUGUGGAAAAUUGGAUGAGGAGAAGAGGUUGAAAAUUGACGAGGGGGAAAAAGUAGAGUCGCCAGAUUCUGGUGGCGAUUAUCAAGAGGCGAGCGAGAAAUUAGUGUCGACACCUUCGGCUGGAGGGAGCACGACUCUUUCUAACUAUAUUUCCAUGCACGACCGAAAUUUCGACCAUCCUGAGGAAGUACCGGUUCCAAACACACCCGUUGAGUCGAACGAGAUAGUUCGAACCAUACAGAAUCUCAACAUACCGGAAAUUUAUGAGCUCGAUCAUGAGACCUCGCCGAGCCUUGGCUCUCCUUACAGUCCCGAUUUCAUUUCUAUGCCGUCGAGUGCUGGGUCCCACGUAAACAUGCAGACUAUACAAGAAGAAACCGAUGAUGGAGGUUUACUCUCGGAAUUAGACAGUGUGGGUGAUUUUAGCGUCACGUCUGGCUCGGAUUCGAACGAAUCCGAAAAGCAAAUAGAUUAUGAAGAAGGGGGCGUAAAUAUUUUGAGGGGGGCAAGAACGUCUUUUCAAAAUGACGAAUUCGACGAAAUGGACACCCAGGAUGAUUUUACUCGCGUGGAAAAUAAAGGCUGUCGAGAUAGUAGUGAUGAUGAUGACUCUUUGCCGAAUAAGGGAGAUGAUGAAUCGAAAGAAAUCAAAGCUCGAGAUGUUGAGAAUCUUGACGAGGAAAACGAAGCUAAUAAUCUUGUUGAUUCUGAGGUGAAAGAAGAUCAUCGGGUAAUUAAUAUUUCUCAAGAAAACGAGCCGGGCGUGAAGUUGGUGGGCCCCACGGUCGAUUUACCGAUUCUUGAUUCUGUAGAAAAGACUCGCGAAAAGCUCGACUCGGUUGAUUCGAGAGACGAGCAAGAAACUUCUGACUUGCGCCGUGUUGAAGAAAUUAUCGACCCUCAAAGUUCAAGUUCGCCAGCAAAUAAACCGUUGGAUGAAAACUCGGAGAAAGUAGAUUCAUGUUCGUCGGCGCCUCGCCGAUCUGAUAGAUAUUUUCUGAUUUUCGCUGCUUCUCCUCUAUCCUGCCACUCUCCGGCGUGA